CAGCUCGUUCCUCAUUUUUCAUUAAGCUUUCUUUCUUUUUCUUGAAAAAACGUACGUUCCUCUUAAUAUACUCCUUGUUUAAAAGUGUAGCAUAUUUCGCAGUAUAUAGCUUUUAUUCAUAAAAGAACAAAGGUAAAGAGUGAAAAACAAAGCAGCUUUUAUGACCAUUAUUCCGGAGAGUCAGACGAAAGGAGGCGUCACUAUUCAGUCCUCAGCACCUUUGUAUUCGCACAGAACCCACGAUAAGGAUAAGAUACCCCAUCUACAUCAGUCGUCACCACAAGUGAAGCUUAAUCUGAAUGCAGACUAUUUAUUGGCUCAACAACAACCGACGGCAUAUGGUCACGUAGAUAAUAAAGAAAACAUUAACUACAGCAAUCACCUUCACCACGAUGAGACUUAUGCCCACGAUGACCAUCACGAACACCAUGACCACCAUGGCCACCGUGGCCACCAUGACCAUGCCAACCAUUAUGACCAUCUUGGCCAUGAACAUAACCACAAUCAUCAGAAACACAGCCACGAUCACCAUGAACAUAAACAUGCUCACCCAAUGCAUGACCACAAACAUACGUAUACACCCGUUUUUACAAAGCCCUUACCGUCUUGGUCGACUAUCUUCUCAAACCUGAUUCCUGUUCAAAAAACAAUAUUCACGUGGUUCUUAAUCCAUUUUUCAAUUGGUGCUUGGUUAUAUUGCUUAGGAAUGAGUCGAGAAAGUUUAUCCCUUAUUGGGUUCGGCUAUCUUAUGUUUUUUGAUGCAUUGGGUGUUCUGAACUGCUUUGUGUCCAGCAUUUUGAGGACGAAUUCAAAUUUCGGUAUCUCCAACACAAAGAGACCUUAUGGAGCACACCGAUACGAAAUUGUUUUUGCAUUGGGAACAACUAUCUAUUUAUUAUUCGCUACAAUGCAUAACACCAAAGAGUCCUUAGAGCAUUUCUUAUUGCAAGAUCAUCAUGCCGGUGAAGCGCAUGAAGGUGAACAACAUCAUUCCUCUUCUGGCCUUACUCCACAAAUGUUUUUCGCUAUGGGAGCAGGUAUUGCUGCGACUUGUCUAUCGAGUAUUGCGUUAAAAAACCACGAAAAUUUCGUCCGCUACCUGCGACGAAGACCUAUGACAGUUCAUGGAUUUGCUUACAAUGUCAUUAAUCGCGCUAGAGGCAAUCCUAUCCACGUUUUAUUGUCAAACACCUAUUCCUUUUCUAUUGCGUCUUGUGGUGCUACGAUUUUAAUUAUGUAUCUGUUUGGCUUUGCGACACCUCUUAUGGAUAAGUCGGUUGCUUUAAUGGAAUCAGUCGUUAUGUUCUACUUAGGAUAUCCAACAGCAAAAGCCUUAGCCAAGGUACUAUUACAAACAGCCCCUGGAAGUGUACAAAGUGGAGUAGAUAACAGGCUUAGAGAGUUAUCUCAAGAGCCUAAUAUCAUUCAAGCUAAUAGAGUUCAUUUCUGGCAAACAACCUAUGGAAAAUGUGUCGGAACAGUAGAAGUACAUGUCAAACCAGAAGCAGACGAACAAUCCAUACUACAAGUUGUAUAUCAAAAAUUAGAAGGACUAACCACGAGUGAAGAAGGUCAAAAUGAGCUUACUGUUAGCAUCGUUAAACAAUAAAUCAGAGAUAUAGUGAACACGAAUAAACUCCUGAAUUCUGAACAGUCAGGGAAGUACACAAAUAAGUGAUCCCAAGAAAUCCUCAUUUUGGGUUCCCCCAUUGCAUAUUGAGC